GUAGCGGUGCCACAGCAGUUGUCCAGGCAGCGCUAUGCAAACCCAGGCAAGAACGUGUAGCAAUAAAGAGGAUCAACUUAGAAAAAUGCCAAACCAGUAUGGAUGAAUUACUUAAAGAAAUUCAAGCAAUGAGUCAAUGCAAUCACCCCAAUGUGGUGACCUACUACACAUCUUUUGUGGUGAAGGAUGAACUUUGGCUGGUUAUGAAGCUCUUAAGUGGGGGUUCAAUGCUUGAUAUAAUAAAGUACAUUGUUAACAGAGGAGAGCACAAAAAUGGUGUCCUUGAAGAACCCAUAAUAGCAACGAUUCUUAAGGAGGUUUUGGAGGGCUUAGACUACCUGCACAGGAAUGGGCAAAUUCACAGAGAUUUGAAGGCUGGCAAUAUUCUUCUGGGUGAAGAUGGCUCUGUACAAAUAGCAGAUUUUGGCGUUAGUGCAUUUUUAGCAACAGGAGGCGAUGUUACUCGUAACAAAGUAAGGAAAACGUUUGUUGGUACUCCAUGUUGGAUGGCCCCAGAAGUAAUGGAGCAGGUGCGAGGUUACGACUUCAAGGCUGAUAUGUGGAGUUUUGGGAUAACAGCCAUUGAGUUAGCAACUGGAGCGGCACCGUAUCACAAAUACCCUCCUAUGAAAGUGUUAAUGCUGACACUUCAAAAUGACCCUCCCACUUUAGAGACAGGUGUAGAAGACAAGGAGAUGAUGAAAAAGUAUGGCAAAUCCUUUAGAAAACUAAUUUCAUUAUGCCUUCAAAAAGAUCCUUCCAAAAGGCCCACAGCAGCAGAACUUUUAAAAUGCAAAUUUUUCCAGAAAGCCAAGAACAGAGAAUACCUGAUUGAAAAGCUUCUCACUAGAACGCCUAAUAUAGCACAAAGAGCAAAAAAGCUUAUACUCAGCAGCUGUUUUUUGACUAAAUAUGAGUUCAAAUCUGUUUGUAAAAUCCUGAAAGCAGUACUAGAGGAGGGUUUCAUUACUGUGAAAUACAAGUGUGGUGUUAUUAUUAAAGGUGCUGUUGAAGAAGUCCUGCUUAAAGGCUCAAGGAAGUCACAGGCGUGUGAUGCUGGUGGCAGAUUCUUGCAUCAGGAA